AUGAGUAAUAUGACUGCGCCCUUAUACAACGAACCUUUACAGGCUAACUUGUCUCUUCUGGCCUACAUCAUCACUCGAGCCCCAGUGGUUUGGAGCCGGGCACUCAAUCAGUCUGUCGAAAUGGAUGUCGCCUGGUCGUUGGCUAACUGCCUUGAAGUAAUGGUAGCCCAUCGGUUGCGUCUAGUUACCAACGGACCGGAUUGGUCUACGGUGCUUCGCGAACUCGAUGAUGCCGGAGUCAAGUGGCCCAGCUUAGUUCAAACUUGCUGCGAACUGUGCACACUCAGUCUAUCAGACAGUUCCGAUCCCGGUUCUAAUUCCUUGGUGACAAAAGAAAACGCGGAAUUGUCAUCGUCUGUUGCCUUUGUUGGUGAGGAUUCGAACCCGGCCGAUCUAACCCAGAAAAAAUCCCAUGUUGAAAGACUUACGGAUAUUGCACUUGGAGCGGACGCGGUGAAAUUCCCGGACGCGCAUCGAUGCGAGAAUGGAGCGCGAGCUUUGGGCUAUCUGUUAAGAAUCCUGGAAGCUGGGUUUAUUCGUGAUCAGAAGGUGAUCAACCAACUAUUUGAGUCCAUGUGUGAAGCGAUGAUCACCAACAAGGUCAGUAGUGCGGAGAAAAUUCGUUGGAAUGCCAAUUUUGCCGUUGGUCACUUGUUUCAAAACACUGAACUGUGGACAUGGUUAUCGAGCCAGUGGACCGGGGCUCAACAGAAAACAUUUGCAGAUCCACUUGCUUCGAUGGAGACGGCCGAAUUGAUUAAUAAAUUGAUUCGGCAUUUGUGCUAUACUUUCGGACGAGACAAAUAUUUCAAGGCCCGGGUGUACGCAGCAAAUUCAUUACUGGGUCUAUUUGUGCAUCGAUUACCGGUGAAUUCCGAGAUUCUUAUCAAUACUCUUCAUUCUUCACUGAUCCACACUGCUUCCAAAUCAACCAGCCGCGAUGUGGAAUUUCACAUUUUGGAUGCGGCAUUUCACAUCGUUCGAAACGUACACGACGGCACGGCAUCCAUGCCGUGCUGUACCGAGUUCCUUCACUCAGAAUCAGUAAUGCAUUCUAACUUUUACUCAACCGGAUCGCAUCUUUCUGAAUCGAAAUAUCGUCAGCAAUGUCUUCAUUUGGCUGUGGUACUCAUUUUCUAUGCUCUAGGCAGUUGGUUGCAUCAGUGCACAGAUCCAGAAACGCUUGAUCGACUAGAAAGCUGUCUGAUCACCAAGUGGCUGUGCCCGGUUGUAUUGAAUCACUUGGAUGGACACAUAAGAGCCUGUGCCCGCAAUGAUGAUUCAUCCAUUGUGAAUGAUUGCAAACAUGAGACCAUAUAUCCCAGACCGAUGAUUCUGAGCCAUCUGCUCGAACUGACUGAUAACACAUCACCUUCAGAACGGUUGCAACAAGCGGUGGAACUUUUUCAAUCACACUUCUCCUCUUUAUCGUGUACCGUGGGGCCCGGUCUAAAGCAACUUGUCCAAUUGACCCAAAACGUGAAGGGUAUGCCAGACGCAAACGCAUACUGCAUCGAUGCUAUGUGGAACAGUUUGGACGAAUUGCAGAAAGCCGUAACAAUCGGACCGAUUUUACCGGAUAUUUCAAAAUUCCGCCAAAUUUACGACUAA